AGUUCCUCUAUUAGUGUUUUGUGUGCCAAUGUCUGAAUUCACAAGGCACUAAGAUGGUGAGCUAGCUGUUUACCUGAUAAUGGUAACAGGUACUCUAAUGUCUCUAGUGGAACACAUGCUACAGUAGAUAAGUGCUUGACAUACCUUAAAGUAAUAAGAAAUAUUUCUGAAUUUUCUCUUUUGUUCUCUACCUCUCUUACUAUGUUGCUUUCACUGUUUUAUGAAAAAGCCACAAAAAGGAAGGAAGGAGCAUGACAGUACAUGAGAGAGUGAGAGAGACAGAGUGAGAAAGGGAGGGACAUCGCAGGGGUAAAGGCUUAUAUACACUGUCAGGAGGACAUGCUCUUCAAAGCGCUGCAAAGACUGCUUACGUUUCAAGAGAGAAAGAGAAGAACAGAGGGCAGGAGGAACAUUUGAAAAAGGAAGAUGGUUCGGUGGUUCCACAGAGAUCUGUCUGGUAAAGAUGCAGAGACCGUUUUGAAGAACCGAGGUGUCCAUGGCAGCUUCCUUGCCCGACCCAGCAAGAAGAAUGUGGGCGAUUUCUCCCUCUCUGUUAGAUUGAGGGAUAUGAUCACACACAUCCGGAUUCAGAACACAGGUGAUUAUUAUGACCUGUACGGUGGGGAGAAGUUUGCAACAUUGGCCGAACUUGUGGAAUACUACACCGCAGACCAUGGAGUUUUACAGGAUAAAGACGGGACCAUUAUUGAGCUCAAAUACCCUUUAAACUGCUCAGACCCCACCACUGAGAGAUGGUAUCAUGGUCACCUGUCAGGGCCAAAUGCUGAGAAACUGCUCCGUGAGCGUGAUGAGCCUGGAACGUUCCUGGUGAGGGAAUCGCUCUCUAAACCAGGAGACUUUGUGCUGUCUGUACUCACUGAUGAUCAGACCAGUGCUGGCAGGAGGGUCUCCCACAUCAAGAUUAUGUGCAAUAAUGACCGCUACACAGUUGGCGGUAAAGAGAUUUUUGACACACUGACAGACCUUGUGGAGCAUUUCAAACGCACUGGUAUCGAGGAGAUAUCUGGCACAAUGGUUUACCUCAAACAACCGUAUUACUCCACGAGGUUGAAUGCAGCUGACAUUGAGAGUAGAGUAAAGCAGCUCGAUCUGACCUCAGAAAGAGAGAACAUGGAUGGAGCUGAUAAAAAGCUCAAAGCUGGCUUCUGGGAAGAGUUUGAUGCACUGCAGAAGUUCGAAACUAAGGUAACGAAAAGCAGAGACGAAGGCAUGAGACCAGAAAAUAAAAGCAAAAACAGAUACAAGAAUAUCCUUCCCUUUGAUGAAACAAGGGUUGUCUUGCAGAAUGCAGAUCCUAGUGUUGUCGGCUCUGAUUACAUCAAUGCCAACUAUAUUGUAGUAUGUCCUCAAAAUAAGUCAUGGUUUUCAAAUUACAUUUGUAAAAUGUAUCACUCUCACUCACGAUGUGUUUGUUUACAGAACAAAUUAAUGGAUAUUGACCACCAGAAAGUUUACAUUGCUUGUCAAGGCUGUCUUGCAACAACUGUAAACGAUUUUUGGAAAAUGAUAUGGCAGGAAGGGACACGAGUAAUUGUCAUGACAACAAGAGAGGUUGAAAAAGGACGGAAUAAGUGUGUGCCAUACUGGCCUACAACUCAAGGAGAGACCAAGGAAGCAGGCAGAUACAUAGUGACAUUACUGUCUGAGUUAGAUGCCACCGAUUAUAAGGUCAGAGUGGUGGAGAUCUCAGCUACACAUCGGAAUGAGCCAGCACGGACCAUUUGGCACUAUCAAUAUUUGAGCUGGCCGGAUCAUGGCGUGCCACAGGAGCCAGGUGGAGUGCUUAGCUUUCUGGAGCAGGUUAAUGCCAAACAGCAUGAAUUGUCCACAUCUCAACCAAUGGUCAUCCACUGCAGUGCUGGUAUUGGACGAACAGGAACCAUUGUGGUGAUCGACAUGCUUAUAGAUAUAAUUGAUGCUAAAGGUCUGGACUGUGACAUUGACAUCCAGAAGUGUAUUCAGAUGGUUAGAGAGCAGCGGUCCGGCAUGGUGCAGACUGAAGCCCAGUACAAGUUCAUCUACUUGGCCGUUCUCCAGUACAUAGAUUCCACUAAGGUCACACAAAAGGCUGUCAUGGAAACAGAAACGGAGUAUGGAAACCUUGCAAUUCAACCCAAACACCAGAAAGCCAGUCGCAAAGCCUCUGCAAAAAAAAAUGAAGAGGUUUAUGAGAAUCUAGGAGCAAAGGGCAAGAAAGAUGUCAAAAAGCAGAAAUCUGAGGAUAAGAAGAGUGGAUCUGUCAGAAAACGAUAAAACAGGAUAAAGAUGAGAUUUCAUUUUCCUUCCUAUACUUAUUUUAAAAUAAAUCUUCAGCUGUUUUACAGACACACUGUUUGAAAUCAAAUUGAGCCAGGGGUUUUUGCAAGAAUCCAAAAAAUAAAUGGCUUGUAUUCAAGAAAUCCUGCUACAUUUAUAUUUUUAUUUGUUAAUGUUUAAUUAUUUAGCAAAAGAUUAUUGUUCAAGUAAAUUAACUGUAUUUUUGUAGUUUUAUUUGAUAUAAAAGAACCCAUGAUCUGCUUUCUCCCAUGUUUGUUCUCAGUUUCAAUAAAAGUCCUGCUGUUCAAAGUUAUCCCUGGCCAUUACAUUUAUCUGCAGUAAUAAAAUGAAGAUGUGUUUGCAUAGAUUGUUCAGUUUUCCUGGAUAUUAUUACAGCGGUAAGGCUGAAUGGAAAGGCUGAUGUCCUGGAGAGAUGAUACGCACAAACCGUGGCCUGAUGCCAGUGAGAGGGAUCUUUCUCAUUCAUAUUCUUACAUCACAGAGCUGUACACAUAUGGGUCAAACAUGGCCCUUGAUCAGUGAACCCCAUACAGUGCUGACCUCUUUUAACACC